AUGUCUGUGUCCCCCGGAAGCUCAUAUUUCGGAGAUGGGGAUAAUGAUAUGUUACUGGAUGAAGAAGAGGAAAUUGACUUUUAUGCAAUUUUGAAUGUACCUCGAGAUGCGAGUGAUGACGAAAUCGUAAAAGCAUAUAGAAAGCGGUGUUUGAUUUUUCAUCCUGAUAGACAUACGGAUGAAGAUGAUAAAAAAGAAGCGGAGAGGUUAUUUCAGAAUCUCCAGAAAGCAUAUGAAACUUUGAUGGAUCAUAAAAAAAGAGCGAUUUAUGAUGCUCUUGGUAUCCAAGGGUUGGAAACUCAAGGAUGGGAGCUAAUAUCAAGAUCUGCAAAUCCUGAGAAUAUUCGAAGAGAAUAUGAAUUUCUGCUUAGGUUAAAAGAGCAAGAACUCAUGUUGCAACGUAUUCAUCCAUCGGGAAAUUUCGUUGUUAAAACAUCUUGUGUUGGUCUUUUCCACGAAGAUCCCGAAGAAAGGUAUUUACCCCAACUCCUAGGCUUGAGCUUAUCUCAAUCAGUGGACUGUGGUAUCACGUCAAGCGAUCGUGUUGGUGUCGUAGGAAGAGUUAAAUCAGGAAAUGGAAGAGGUGAUGGAAGUGUUUCUCUUAUAUGGAAGAAGAAUUAUAGUGUUUAUAACUUUGAGAACAAUCUCACGUUUUCAAGUGACGCUGUGGGGUUAGUUUUCCGAGCUUCGCGAAAUGUGUUCCAGAGAGCUGCUGUAAUUUUUCAACCUCAAAUUCAAUAUUCAAUGCUCCAAGAGCAAUUCAUACCUGCUCUGACGUUGAUUUAUACUAUGAGACUGCGAGUUAAACUGCAAGGAAGUAUCGUUCUGUCUUGGUCUCCUCUCAAUAGCGGAAUUACAACUACUUUAGUUCAUACCGAAAACAAUCUACCAAAAGUUGUUACAAACUUCACACUCUCUCCGGCCAACUCUAAUAUUCGCAUGAUUUAUUUCCGCAGAGAUCCAGAAAAGGAUGCAUUCUCCGAGAUGGCUUGUCAACUUUCUCUAUUCGGAGUUUCACCAUCCAUUCAUUAUGAACGGAAACUAACCCGCUUUUCGAGAGUAGGAUGCUCUUUACAAUUCUCUUUCCCAUCUUGUCUAUUAAUUUCGAAAUUCAAGCUCAAGACAGGGCAAAAUACCUUUGAAUGGCAACUUGUGUUGUGUGAUGAUAGAGAUUCUGUAGCAAGAAGUGCUCUUUAUGGUAUACUCUUCCCGUUGGCUACUGUUUCACUUUUCAAAGUCGUUUUUCGCUCUUGGGUUGACAAGGUUACUAGUUGGUUCGAUGAUAGCAGUAAUGAGAAAGAAGUCGAUCCUGCAAAGCAGGAUGAGGCGAACAGAGUGAUUAACUUGAUGCGUCCAACGGCUGAGAGAAUAAAAAGAGAAGAGGAGCAGAAACAUGGUAUUAUAAUUGUAGAAGCAAAAUAUGGUCAAUCUGAUGUCUCUGGCUCUUCUGCGUAUCCAAUAGCAGGAGAUAAAACCAUUGACGUCACCAUUCCAUUACAAUCGAUGGUACAUGAUUCACAACUUCGUGUGUUUUCAGUCAAGAGUCAACUGCCCGGUUUUUAUGAUCCCUGUCCUGGUGAGGCAAAGAUGGUUAAAGUCAAAUACUUAUUCCGGGACGAAUUGCAUGCGGUUAUUGUACCGGAUGAGAUGCCAUUGCAAAUUCCCUUACGAAGUCAUAAACUAACAAAAUAA